GCUCCGCGGGGCUGUAGCUCAGUUGAAGAUGGCGACUGGAGUCCUUCAGAGAGUCCGCGGUGGACUGGGUCGGGCUAAAAGCGGGGCCCACUCCGCCGGGCAGCUGAUGGUGUGGUGCAGGGGGUUUACAGCAUCCAGCAGCAGAAACCGAGAGGACAGCUGGUUUAAGUCGCUCUUUGUGAGGAAAGUUGAUCCCAGAAAAGAUGCACACUCCAAUCUGUUGACCAAAAAUGAGGAGAGCAACCUCUACAAAAUUCAGUUCCAUAAUGUCAAGCCAGAGUGCCUGGAUUCUUACAACAAACUCUGUGAGGAUGUUUUGCCCUCCAUCCAUGCUGAUAAAUACUACCCCUGUGAGCUGGUGGGGACCUGGAACACCUGGUAUGGAGAGCAAGACCAGGCCGUUCAUCUGUGGCGCUACAGAGGUGGAUACCCGGCACUCACAGAGGUGAUGAACAAGCUCAGGCAGAACAAGGAUUUCACCGCCUACAGGAAGGAGCGAGGUAAGAUGCUGCUGUCCCGCAGAAAUCAGCUUCUGCUGGAGUUCAGCUUCUGGAACGAGCCAGUCCCACGAGAGGGACCCAACAUCUAUGAGCUCAGGUCCUAUCAGCUCAGGCCAGGAACCAUGAUCGAGUGGGGUAAUUACUGGGCCAGGGCCAUUCGAUACCGCCAGCACAACCGAGAAGCAGUGGGAGGAUUCUUCUCACAGAUCGGGAACCUCUACAUGGUCCAUCACCUCUGGGCUUACAAAGACCUCCAGUCUCGAGAAGACACGAGGAAUGCCAUCUGGAACCAUGACGGCUGGGAGGAAGUGGUGUAUUACACAGUUCCUCUCAUUCAGCACAUGGACUCCAGGAUCAUGAUCCCCACAAAGGCUUCGCCGCUGCAGUGAAGAGAAGCAGGAGACCAGCUGGAAGCUGAGACAGAGUGGCACCCUCUUUUUGUUUUUUUUUUAUGAAUGUUACACCCCACCCAGAGCAUCGCCAUGUGGGAAUCAACCUCGUGUCGCUGCCGCCAAACAUCCUGUCUUCACUUGUGUUUGCUUUAUUACUCCAAGAUGUCAGUAGGUCAGAAAAGGCCACAGUACCUGCCGUUUAUCUCCAGUUACUGAACCAUAUCAAGGCCCUUCCUGCAUUUCAUGACACUUUUUUUUUUGGUUCUAAUUUGGUUGUGGAGAAGGAUGAGUACAAUUGACCGAUUCAGUCCUCCUGACAGUUGUUCUGCCCGACGUCUCGUGCCAUGUUACCACUUUGUCCAUGAAGAAAGCUCCUCAGUUUAGGAGCAGACGAAAGUUACUUGAACGCAAAAGAAGCAGCUGUGUGGCGUAAAUGUGCGGGAACAUAGGAGGAGAAGAAAAAGCGUACUGCUGAAGCUCACUGCUCAGUGCAGUAGCCAUUUAUUUAUUUAAUGUAAACUCGUGUGAAUACAUGAAGUGUGUUAGAAAAGUGGCGCUGGACGUAACGUGCGCCACAGCUUAUUAACGAUAACACAUCUGUGGAGUUGUGAAAGCUGUACUUCUGCUGCCGGAUAACAAACGUUAGAAGGUGUAAAAUUCUAGAUUUUAUACUCGAUGUCCACAAUAAACCAAAAAAGGUCAUUUAGCGAAAAACACUCCACUGAGUUGCUCCUCCUGGAUGUUUCCCAGCCCCCCCCCCCCCCCCCCCCGACAUGGUCAACGUUUUAACGUCGCAUUCAUGGUGCUGUGUUUGUAACUCUGGUUUCCACGUUUCUCUCGUGAAGACGGCAUGCCUGGUUUUCAAAAUGUUUUUAUCCAACGUGUUUCAACGGGGCCCAACAGUCGUGUACAAAGAUGUAAAAGCAGGAGUCAUAUCUAUCCCGCCGGGCGAAUCUGUCUGAUGAAGCGGACCGUAACAGAGGUUUUAUCAUUAAAGGAAACGUGUUUAUCUGGUGUUCUGGUUCAGUGGGGCGAAAAAAAUGUAGAGAGCAAGAAACGCCGACACAAUAAAAAAAAAAAAUGGUUUCAGCAA